AUGCUCUUCUUUUUCGUCGGCAGUUUCCUGACACUUUUAUUUGCCAUAACCGCUAGUUUCUUAAAUAUUAUGCUAUUGUUUUCAAUACUAUAUUUGAAACGAAUACCUGUCAAGUCUAGUAUGUCACUAAUCUACUACAAGUUCGGCAUUGAUGCCUUUUAUACCCUGAGCCUAUUUUUUGCUAGAUUAUAUUUAAUUUUCACGCAAACUUCCUCUGACAAUUUUAUCAAAAAUUUGAGUUUCUAUUUGAUUUGGAUAUCCUCAUCUUUUGGUAGUUUACGAGCGACCGUUGCCCUUUCGAUAUCAAUCGAGAGAGCCGUGGCCACUUUAUUCCCAAUUUUCUACUACAAUUAUCGACAAAACCUUUUAAAUUGUUUUGUAUGGUUUUUCAUAAUAUGUAUUGUUUCAAUUGAUCAAUAUAUUCUUUUCGGAGUUUGUGACGUUGUUAUAGACACCCCGCUAGACUGUGACAGUUUCCUGUGUGCCAUGAACCAGUGUUACACUACAUAUUGGUUAUUACAUGAACGAAUUACUACCUUUUCCAAUGUAUUUUUUUCUGCGGUUGUUACUUUUCGAUUGUUUAUUUGGAAUCAUUUUUUCAGUACCCAAGUGAGCAACACAAUUUCAAGAGCCACCCGUAUUGCACUUUUCGAUGCUUUUAUUGUAAUAGUUUUCUAUGCUGUUCCCUACUUUAUUUUUGCUCAUGUAUACACUAUAUAUUCUAAUAUAGCUGGAUCAUUGACACUUGCGACAAAAACUGCUGGUUUUGUUAUUGAAGCAUUGAUAACUUUUCAAAUUCUGUUUGGUACGAAAAAAAUUUCACAAAUUGGUAUCACACCGUAA